UAUCUAUGGCUAUAUGUAUAUCGUAGAUUACAUUCAAAUAAAUUGGGUCGAUCGUAGAAGUGAAGAUUGAAUAAUAUGCAUUCGUUGUACUUUUAAUUUCGGGGAAUAUGUUGCCUCGCAAUAUCCAUUACAAGAUUCAUUAGAGUGCUUAAAAAGUUAAUUUGGAAGUUCAGAUGCUAAAUUAUCCACUAUGGUUUCUUCUGCGCCUGCGGUAGGCUUACCAGAUUUCGCUUCCCAGACGACAAGAGUAGAACUCUUGAAUGAAUUCGUGGCAGACGACAUAACAUCCAUAACCUUCUAACGUGGAGAUCCCAAUAAAAUAAGUGAAAUAUGAGCGGACAUAUAUUGAUAUAUACGUGUAACUUUUAUUUUUGGAUUAUGAAUAAUGUACAUUAGAAAUAAAAGUGAAACUCUAGUGAUAUGGGAUGAAAAUGCUGGCGUUCUUUAUUGUAAAGCGCAACUACAACUUUUUUCGAAACAUAGCAACAAGGUUGGUAUUAUCGCAGAAUACUUCAGUAUCAAUAUCUCAUGACACCCUGCUGCAGUCUCAUAAAAAACAGAAUUUCAUUUCUGGAAAAAAUGGAAACUAUUUCGGCACUGUGUAUGAAUACCCUGCUGUCGAUGAAUCUGUGCAAGAUGAUGUCUCGCAUGCCAAAACAAAGGCUGUGGAGAAUAGGUACGCACACUCUGUAAUGGUGAGAACAAAAUCUUAUCGUGAAACACUAGCCAAUAUACCGGUUAUUGAUAGAAACUGCAUCGGUGAAAUUGAGCUCGAUGAACUUUUGACUCAGGACUGGAGACUUGCUUCAAUCCCAGAGCUUAAAAAGAGUUUCAGGGAAAUUUCGUAUCACGUUCAUGAGCAUCAAGAGGAUCUUUAUUCUAACAAGUAUGCAGAUAUAUUAGAAUCUUUGAGUUCAAGAUGUAGGGAAUUCAAUGACUUCGAAUUGUGUCAUGUGAUGCAGUCCCUAAUGUUGUGGUUGGCUGUAGUCCGAGAACAGGAUACGCCCAUCUCCAAUUUCUACUCAGCCCUGGAUAACGAGUGUAAACUUCGAGCUCCUAAAUGGCAGACUAAGAAGUUGCUGCUGAUUUUGGACCACUGGUACAGAUUGAGAUUCAUGAAAGAAUCAGAAUUUGUAACUCUGGCUAUGCUCAGACUUGGACAGAAUGUUAAAGCUUUGAAGGCUGUUGAACUUGUGCAGUACAUGUUCUAUAUGAGCGUAGAUAGAAUCAACCUAGCAAACUGUCGUGAUUUGGAAAUGCAACUAAAGAAUAUUGUAAACGAACUCACAGUUGAGGAAGUAGCUCUUGUAGCUUUAGGAUUCUUUAAAAGCCAGACUAAGAUCAGGGAUCGAGAACUCCUUAGGGCUAUAAUCCUGAAAGCAAUUCAUCAUAUCGAAUCUAUCGAUGACAUCAGUCUUGCUGCAAUUCUCAAAAUUGCCCGGUAUAGCAUUGGACCCAAGGAUCUCUCUUUGCUGUGCAAACUUUUUGAGAGAAUAAUUCCUCAAAUCCCAAGACUUUCUCUACAAUGUUUAACUCAUACGGCCUUGGCUGCAGUUAACAAAAGAAUUUUUCAGGAAGAUUUGAUGAACGCUAUUUCAACAAGGUUCUAUCAAGACAUCUCCAGCCUCAGACUCAAGGAUAUUAGAAGCUUGGUUUUUGCCUUAUCGUCGUUUAACUAUAUACCUGAAAAGCAGCCCAAUAUUUUUGAUAAAAUCGUAGAAGAACUCAGUGAUUCGAAUCGGAAAAAGGAAUUGAAGGACCACCCACAACACCUUGCACUUUGUCUUCACCAUCUCAGUAUGCUUAACAUUCAUCCAAAGAACUUGAUAGAGCAAGUAUUAGACUCCGAAAGUAUCAGAGAAGCUUAUGGACUAGAUGCAAAUGCAAUAAGGCGCGAAAUAUUUGCUCUGGAUGUAAACGUUGAAGUAGAAUUUCCAGAUUACGUAGGUCCGAGGCUUGAUGAAAAGUUGAGAGAAGAUGUGGCAAUGAAAUUAACAGACAAGCUUCCACCCUGGGAGGGCUUUAAACAUAGCAUGAUGAAUUAUUUCAUGCACGACGUUAUAAGAAUUUGCGAGGCGUAUCUCGGCUCCAGAGAUAUGCUCCACGUAGAUCACAUACUUCCGCAGUACGGCAGAGCAGACAUAAUAAUCUGCCUAGAUGAGGCAAACACCCCUGUGCCCAUAGGCUCGAUUUUCUCCGAGCUUCCCGUUGGAAAUGUGAAACAUCCCCCUAAAAUUGAUAUAAAUGGUGCAAAAUGGCUAGCUCUAAUUAUUGGGACUAUCCAUUCUUACGCCCUCGACACGGAUCGACCUCUUGGACACAUUUGUGCUAAAAGAAGGCAGCUGGAACAUAUUGGAUACGAACCAACUGUGAUAUUCUGGCAAGAUUGGAUGUCGCUUGAAAAUGAUAUGGACAAGUUCAAGUACCUGCAGGACAAAGUCUUCUAGAAAUUUUACUGAAUAAUCAUCGAAAUUGUAAACCUAUAUGGUUUAGGACUUUUCAUAAAUGCAACCAUUUCAUCUAAUUUUUAGUUAAAACCGAAAAGUGUUCCUGUUACACAGAGUAACUCGUGUAUAAAAUGUACAUAAAAUACAAUAGUGAUUUCAGAUCAAUUAA